GGCCUCACCCUGCCCCUCCCUCCAGGGCGGGGUCUGACAGAGCCAUAAAGCUCCAGGAGUCCAAGCAAAGGCUGGCAGCAGAGGUGAGAGGAAGAGAGCACGCAGGGCCCCUUUUUCGUCGACACCCAGGACACAAGAAGUGCUCUGUGGCAUUUGGAACGGUGCUGUGAGUCACAGGCCCUGGCUGAGUAACCUCAAGUGCAGAGAGCGAUGGGGAGAGAGACCCUGGCCCUCGGCUGGGCAGUGGCUGCCACGCUAAUGCUACAGGCGUUGGCCAUGGCGGAGCACUCCCCAGGGACCCCACACAGCAAGGCCAGUGUGUUCGCAGACCUGAGUGCCCACGAGCUGAAGGCUGUGCGAAGCUUCCUCUGGUCCCGGAAGGAGCUUCGGCUGCAGUCCUCCAGAGCGCUGACCAUCACCAAGAACUCUGUGUUCCUCAUUGAGACUUUGCUGCCCAAGAAGCAACAAGUACUGAAAUUUCUGGACAACCAUCAAAGGCGUCCCAUUCGGGAGGCGCGAGUCGUCGUCUUCUUCGGAGCCCAGGAGCAUCCCAAUGUCACCGAGUUUGCCGUGGGGCCCCUGCCACAGCCCCAGUACAUGCGCGAGCUGCCCCCCAGGCCUGGGCACCGGGCCUCCUGGACCUCCCGUCCCAUCUCUUCUGUGGAGUAUAGCCUGCUGAACCACGCCCUGCAAGAAGCCACCAAGCCCCUGCACCAAUUUUUCCUUGCCACCACAGGUUUCUCCUUCCACAACUGCCACCUUCAAUGCCUGACUUUCACAGACGUGGCACCCCGGGGCUUGGCCUCCGGCGAGCGCCGCAGCUGGUUUAUUUUACAGCGCUAUGUAGAGGGCUACUUCUUGCACCCCACUGGGCUGGAGCUCCUCUUAGACCACAGCAGCACAAACACCCAGGACUGGACCGUGGAGCAGGUCUGGUAUAACGGGAAGUUCUACCGGAGCCCAGAAGAACUGGCACGGAAGUAUAAGAAAGGAGAGGUGGACGUGGUUGUUCUGGAAGACCCACUACCCAAGGGGAAAGGGGCAGAGAACAUGAAGGAUCCACCCCUCUUCUCCUCCUACAAGCCACGCGGGGACUUCUCCAGCCCCAUCACAGGGCACGGCCCCCGCCUGGUCCAGCCCCAGGGCCCUGGCUACAAGCUGCAGGGCAACACCGUGCUCUAUGGGGGCUGGAGCUUCUCCUUCAGGCUGCGGUCCUCGGGGCUGCAGGUCCUGAAUGUGCAGUUUGGGGGGGAGCGCAUAGCCUAUGAGGUGAGCGUGCAAGAGGCCGUGGCUCUGUACGGCGGCCACACACCCGCGGGCAGUCAGACCAAGUACAUCGACGUGGGCUGGGGCUUGGGCACCGUCACUCAUGAGUUGGCCCCUGGCAUCGACUGCCCGAAUACGGCCACCUUCCUGGAUGCCCUCCACUACUACGACACUGACGACCCCAUCCACUACCCCCGAGCCCUCUGUGUCUUCGAGAUGCCCAUGCAGGUGCCUCUCCGACGGCACUUUAAUUCCAACUUCAGCGGUGGCUUCAACUUCUAUGCAGGGCUCCAGGGCCAGGUGCUGGUGCUGCGAACAACUUCCACAGUCUACAAUUAUGAUUACAUUUGGGACUUCAUCUUCUACCCCAACGGGGUGAUGGAAACCAAGGUGCAUGCCACUGGCUAUGUCCACGCCACCUUCUACACCCCCGAGGGGCUGCGCUACGGGACCCGCCUGCACACACACCUGAUUGGCAACAUUCACACUCACCUGAUGCAUUACCGCGUCGACCUGGACGUGGCAGGCACCAAGAAUAGCUUCCAGACCCUGCGGAUGAAGCUAGAAAACAUCACCAACCCCUGGAGCCGGACACACCACCUGGUCCAGCCAACUCUAGAGCAGACCAGGUACCUCCGGGAGCGCCAGGCGGCCUUCCACUUCAGACACACUCUGCCCAAGUACCUGCUCUUCACCAGCCCCAAGAAGAAUGCCUGGGGCCACCAGCGCAGCUACCGUCUGCAGAUCCACUCCAUGGCAGACCAAGUGCUGCCCCCUAGCUUGCAGGAGGAGCGGGCUGUCACCUGGGCCAGGUACCCCCUGGCAGUGACCAAGUACCGGGAGUCUGAGCUGUACAGCAGCAGCAUAUAUAACCAGAACGACCCCUGGGACCCGCCUGUGGUCUUUGAGGAGUUUCUUCGCAACAAUGAGUACAUUGAAGAUGAGGAUUUGGUGGCCUGGGUGACAGUGGGAUUUCUGCACAUCCCCCACUCAGAAGACAUCCCCAACACGGCCACUCCAGGAAACUCUGUGGGCUUCCUGCUCCGGCCCUUCAACUUCUUCCCGGAGGACCCAUCCCUGGCGUCCAGAGACACUGUGAUCGUGUGGCCUCGGGACGAUGGCCCCAACUAUGUCGAGCGCUGGAUCCCUGAAGAGGAAGAGAGCUGCUUGAUGCCGGCCCCCUUUAGCUACAAUGGGACCUACAGGCCUGUGUGAAGGUCCCCUGCCCCCAGCUAACUCCUACCUACAAGUCUGGACACCCCCCCCCACCCCAGACAAUAAACCCCUCAGGACUCAA